UUUUGUUGUUUCUUUGCAGAAAUAAUUGAACCAUAUAUAUUUACAAGACACACAAAUUACCCAACAAAAUGGAUGACGAUCAACAGUUCUGUCUCCGAUGGAACAAUCACCAAAGCACACUUAUAUCGGUGUUCGAUACAUUACUAGAGAAUGGAACACUUGUAGAUUGUACACUAGCUGCCGAAGGAAAAUUCCUGAAAGCGCAUAAAGUAGUAUUGUCCGCCUGCAGUCCGUAUUUUGCUGCUUUAUUAUCGCAACAAUACGACAAACAUCCUAUUUUCAUAUUGAAAGAUGUCAAAUUUCAAGAGCUUCGAGCCAUGAUGGACUACAUGUACAGGGGCGAAGUAAAUAUUUCACAGGACCAAUUGGCGGCAUUGUUGAAGGCGGCCGAAUCAUUACAAAUCAAGGGCUUGUCUGACAACCGGAGCAAUUCCGUGCCCAAUAAAGCCGAUAACCUCGUGAAGCCACCACCACCAGUACCUGCAGGACCCAAAGGUGGUCUCACGAUUAGCGAUGCGAAGCGCAAGCAAUUGCUUGGCGGUGAUUUGGACACAGAUUUGUCGACGGUGACACGCGAGGGCUCCACCAGUCCAUCGCGAAAACGCAAAAAAAUUGGACGGAGACGAAGCAUAGACGCGAACAAUGUAUUAGAUAAUCACGAACAACAUUCAAAUUCCUCGUCACAUUCUCAUACAACACCUCAUAUCGCUGCUGCAGGUGCCAUUGCUGCAAAUGCUGGUAAUGUCACAAAUAACAUUGCUACCUCCACCCCAAUUGUAUUGCCCGUUACCAAAAAGACUGACCAUGAUCAAAACAAAACCGCGGACGCAGCUGGCAUUGACAGUGCAGCCGAACACGUUGACGAUCAUCACCACGAACAGGCAAACAACGCACGCAAAGAUGGCAAACGCAACACGGCUGGCGACGAAACACACUCGGAACUUAUGAUCGAACCAAAAAAUGAGUAUGACGACGACGAGGAUGACGAGGGCAAUGAACCUGUCGAAGAUCUGACCUUGGAUGACGAAGAUAUGAUGGACGACAUGGAUCAGGCAGGCCCGAGUCACGGCGGCGAAGGAUCAAGUUCAGGAUACGGAAACUGGCCAAUGGAACGAUCACAAGACGAAGGAUUUAUGGGACAAGAUGGAGGACAACCCCGAGACGCACAAGGAACAUCGAAAACGGAUCCAUCGAAAGACGUGCUCACGUUAGCGGACUUGAAUGACUGUCUCUUGGAAAGUAACGAUAUUGUGGUGUCAAAAACGAAAAAAGGCAUUGUUUUGUUGCGACUUAAGAAAGAUGACGACUUGCCGGAACAACAAAUCGGCCAUCAGCAAGUUAUGACAUUAAAAAAAGACGAAAAAGGAGGCGUGAUGUUCAAAGAAUGCGAAAUUCGUCCGAUCUCAACGAAAAAGCAACAACCAAAGCUAGUCGAACGGUCAGCCAAUGUCUCCAUAACGCCUCUGGGUCAACUAGCGGUCGCCAAGUUGCCCGUGCAAGCACCAACUGUCGUUGCGGCGACCCCAACUUCCAUAAUCCCGGUGAAAAAAGUCUCCCAUCCGCGCAUAAAAUACUCGAAACUCGUCAAUCCGAGUGCUCAACUGCAGCAAACGACGUCGCAAAAUGUCAUCGAAGCUGCGCCACAGCAAGUCACGUUGCAACAACAGCAACAACAACAAUUUUUCAUCACACGCAAGAUUCUGCCGGUCCAAGCGGCAAUUCAAACGACUCCCGUUGCUGCCACACAAACGACGCCCCGCGUUGUUACGACAAGCAACACCCUUCCCACCCAAAUUCUGAAAGUAUUUACGGACUUUGACGGUAAUUCCGUCGCUACGUUGCCAACUUCGACGUCGCAAGCGGGCCAAUCGUCGAGCAGCGACUUCCCCGUUGGCAUUGUCGAUGAUUUGGAUUACACGGGCAUCGAUGACAUUGAAUUGCCGGACGAUGUGCACUUCUCGGACACCUUUAAAGCCACCAGUUUCAAGACGCAUGACCAAAGUAACAACAGCAUCUCAUCCAACUCGAAUGAUCCGACAGUUUUGCAUACCGACAAGUACACAAUCUUCCACGAUGGCAGCAAAUUCGAUCCGAAUCAGAUCCAUUUGAGCGAAAAUUCGAUGAGUGACGCUGACGAUGCGAAACAAUAUUCGUGUCAGCACUGCGGAAAGCGAUAUCGGUGGAAGAGUACGUUGCGACGUCAUGAAAAUGUUGAAUGUGGCGGCAAGGAGGCAUCGCACCAGUGUCCCUAUUGCCCCUACAAGGCCAAACAACGAGGAAAUUUGGGCGUUCACGUACGAAAACAUCACUCGAACUUGCCGCCGUUGCUCACGAGACGCAAUAAAAAGGCCAUGAUGGGCGGACAACUCUCCAGUGACGACUUUGGAAUGACCAGCAACAAGUCAUUUUAAGUAAAAAGCCCUGAAAAUGAAAAGAAAAACGAGAUUUACAUUAAAAAUAAUUAAAAUUAUUAUGUACUUUGAUGUUAACUUUAGAACUUCUAUGAAGUAUUCGCAUCACAAACAUUUUCCUUAUAUAUUUGAUCCUAUUUGAUCCAAAGUUUUAUCUCAUAGUUUUUUAAUAAGUUAGAUUUUUACACAAAAAAUCGUUAUUUUUAGUAGUGUCAUGUAACAAAAAUUAAGUUUUAACUCUAGAAUAGACUUCAGCUUAUUAUUAUUAAACUUUCCCGGUAGAAAGGAAAGAUUUUUCUCAUUUCAGUGCAUUAUUAAAUAUUUGAGAUUAUUAUUUUAAACC